GGCUUUUUCGUCCUUCGCCCUUCUCAUCAGGUGUAAUGGGACAAUGGUGGCUCGUCAUGACCGAGCCCGCAGUACAUUCGUUUCGCGUCAUUUUUGGUAAUGCCCGUAGCCUUUCAUUUAUCUCUUGAUUGCUUCCGGCAUCAAAGAUGCAGCUCCGUCUCUGGUGUCUGCCGCUAGCGGCCCAACUGCUGCUUGCUGGACCCACCGUUGCCGAUCCGACAUGGCCGUCGCCGACCGACGAGCUGGAGGAGAUCAUGUACCAACUCAAGGCCUUCAAGGGUCGGAGGUUCUCCGACACGGUGGAUCCCUGCUCGAAUGAAGCAUCCGGGCCGGGGAGGCAGAAUGCUGCCGAAUGGCUCCGCCUCGGAUUCCACGACAUGUCCACGGCCAAUGUGGCUGCCGGAACCGGUGGUCUGGACGGGUCUAUCCAGUACAUGCUUGACAACGGCGAGAAUCUCGGGCCCGGCUUCAACACUACUCUGCGAUUCAUGUCAGCGUACCUCUCCCCUCGGGCGAGUAUUUCGGACCUCAUCGCCCUUGGCGUCUACACCUCUGUGCGCGCCUGUGGCGGUCCCGUCAUUCCUAUUCGCGGGGGAAGACUCGAUGCUCCGGGGGCCGGCGAGACCGGCGUCCCACAACCGGAGCACGACAUCGGCUUGUUCCGGCAGCAGUUCGCACGCAUGGGGUUCACCCCCGAGGAGAUGAUCCAGGUCACGGCCUGCGGCCAUACCCUCGGCAGGGUGCACCGUACCGAGUUCCCCGAACUGAUCACUCAGGAUGAAGUCGGUAUAGACUCUACUGUAGCCAGUUUCGACAACAGAGUCGUCACUGAAUACCUCGAUGGAAACACCACCAAUCCCCUGGUUGUUGGCCCAGCCAUUGCGCUCGGGAAGGACUCGGAUCGCCGCAUCUUUGACUCGGAUGCCAAUGCCACGGUCAAGGCUCUGGCAGAUCCGGCUGAGUUUGAGACCGUCUGCCAGCGGAUAUUGCAGAAAAUGAUCGACGUGGUACCGCAAGGUGUGACACUGUCAGAACCAAUUCAACCAUACACCUUAAAGCCCGUCGACAUGCAGUUGACACUCGACCCAAGUGGCAGGAUAAUGCGACUGGCGGGCCAUAUCCGCAUCCGGACUACGCACCUUCUUGUCACUGAGAUAAAGGACAUCAAGCUCGCUUACCGAGAUCGGAAUGGUGGAAACGAUUGUGGGAGGAGUAACUGCACCAUUACCGCGACGGUGCAGGGUCGCGGCAAGGGCUUUGACGACUCUUUUGCUUUCUUUCCGGUCGAAGCCGUCCUCUCAACCAAGACAGGCAUCUCAUCCUUCACCGUAACCGUCAACCUGAAGAACGGCACCAGCCUCUUAUUCGACAACAACGGCCAUUCCUACCCUCUUCAAGACGCCGUCAUGCUGCUGCGCCCACAGAGCUGCCUCUCGCAGCACACCGGCGCCGUCAGCGUCUCGGCGGCCAUCCGCAACGACCGCGCCGACCUCACCGCCACGCUCCUCAUCUCGUACAAGCAGCCCCGGCCGGGCCUCCCCGUCGCGGGCCUGCACAACAUGACCAUGUCGAUGCGGAGGGGCGCCUGCGCCGGCCAGUACACGCUCUACACGGCUAACUGGACUAUCCCGGGAGGCAUCAGCUUCGCGUCCAAGAUCGACAUCAUCAGCGGCGAGCGGGGGGACAUCGUCGCGGACGAUUUCAACGACGCCACUGAUCUUCCGGGCACUUGCGCGCCUUUCCUAGGCCCGCCAGAGGAUCUGUGCGAGACCGUCGUGGCUACGAUACCGCCGGCGACGAGUCCCGUGCUUGCGGCGCCGACGACGAUGCUGACGACGACGACGAGGAGCAGCGCGGCGGCGAGUCCAGUGGCGACGACUGCCGCCACGACUACGCCGUCUAUGUCGAUGCCAACGCCAGCUGAGGCGGGGACUGCCACCGGCCCACCGGCUCCGGCGGCGAGCGGCAGACAUGAGUUGGGCCUUGGCCAUACAUUCAAGAGCUUCUUCGAAUAUAUGACUAAUUACGUUGUGAAUUUCUUCUUUGGCUACGAUCGUUGGCAACUUGUGAACAACCAGCUUGGGAGAGUUACUUAGGCAAUCUACUUUGGACGGCUUGAUGAAUAUAUAGAGACAGCGACAGCGUCUGGCAGCUAAUUAUAAUUGAUAUUGCCAUCGCCUGGAAACGGGCUAAUGCCCAUACUUCAGAUCUGAAGGCUGUUGAAAUGCUGCCACGGUGUGGUCCAGCUCCCGUCGAAUACCAAGGUCGCUGCCUGCUGCUCAAGUCAAGAAGCACGCAAUGCCUCGUAUCUCUG